AUGUCCGGCUCGUCGCGUGCGCUCCAGCGUGCGCUCGCAGGCGUGUUUGCGUCCUGGGACUGCGCCCUGGACUGGAAGGCCGAGCCGUCGCCCCAGAUCAAGGCCCUCUACGAUACCAUCUACGCGUACACGGAGCGCCACAACACACUCGACACAGCCGCCGGCUCGGCCAACGACGAGUUGCGCGCCGCCCACGAGGAGCACGUCAAGGAUAGCGGCGACGUGUCGCGCGAGGUGUUUUUCCUCGAGCUUCUCACGCGGCUCCUGCCCGUGCUCACGGAAGACCAGGUGCUCCUCUGGCUCCGCACGUACCUCCGCCCGGCCGUGGACAGCGCCGGGUUCGACCUUGCGUUUGUGGCCCAGGCACGUGCGUUUGUCCGCGCCGUGACGUCGGACGUGCUUGCGACGCGCGACGCCGCGUUGCUCCAGCGCCGACUCGCGAUUGCCCUGCUGGUCAUGGCCACCGUUGCCCGCGUGUACUUGGGCGGCAGCCCCGCGGCGCACGACGUGCUCGGCGUGCACGUGCUGCCAGCCGAGGCCGCCACGCAGCUCCAUGCCGAGCGCGUGCGCUUCAUUGAGCGGAACGCGUCGGCCAUGCUCCGCGAGUGGGGGCUCAAGAACCCGCAGCCGUUCUUCUCGCUUCUCCACGGGCUCUACGCGGCGCCGGCGCUGCGGGCCAAGGUUCUCGGGCUCGCCGCGCGCGCCGCGGCCAGUAACGUGUCGCAGGUGCUGCGCAUGCUCGACACGCCGUUCUUCGCCGACGUGCUCCGCCUGCUUUUGCUUGACCGCAGUGAGUCCAUAUUGGGCAGCUGCUUGAGCGUGUUGCUCAUGACCGUGGGCAAGGUGUGCCACCGCAUUGCCGCAUUCUUGCCCGAGCUUCUCGCCGUGUACACGCGGCUUCUCUUGUGGAAGGAGCACGGGGCCCUGCUUUCCCCUGCAGACACGGACAGCGGGGCCUGGCAGAUUGCCGACGGUGACAACGAAACUUGCAUCAUGCAGACACAGGUCUACGCCGACGGCCACUUCAACACGCUGCACCUCGCCACCGUGGUGUACGGCUUGUUCCCGUCAAACUUAUUGGCCUUCUGCAGGGCCCCUCACGAGUACACGCGGCGGCACCCGGCGACAAAAUUGGCACUGGAGUGCAAAACCGUCUUCGCGUGCCUAGAGCACGACAGCAACACGCGGGGGGCGCUCAAGGCAAAGGCGGCUCCGCUUUUGUUGCGGCUUAUGGUUCACCCCAACAUCAUCAACAACGUCUCGCUCCAGGAUGAACUCAGCCACCCCGUUCGGUGGAUUCUCGACAAGAACAAGGACGAAGACAUUGGCGAGCAGGAGGUCCUCAUCGAGUGCUUUGCCUUGAACCCAGAUAUCCUUUUCUCCGUCCCGGACGAUCUCGUUCUUCCGAAUCGGCUUCUCCAGAAAAUCCAGUCUGCAAACAGCCUUGCAAGCGACACAUCUGAUCCUAGGUUCCUCACUCCUUCUCCUCCGCUAUUGCCUGCGAAUGACGGGGUUUUCUCAUCGUCGAAAAGAGGCUCUUUCCAACUGUCCGUGGGCUCUAUGGGUCUCUCAUUUGACCCCAAGCUACCCAGCCACUGGCUCAACAUGGACAGGCGUGUAUCGAUUGUCCCCACAAGGCUCACCUUGGAAAACGGCCUCGCAACUCAGCCCCACUCACCGGUCCAGCCGCGAACAGAGCAGGGUGAGAUCGAGUUCAAGCCCUUUGACUUUGACGGCAACAACAGUGUCCAUCAAGAUGAUACCAUGUUGGAUGAUCGGUCAACAGAAGGAAAGAAAAAUGACCAUCUAUCGGAUUUGUUCACUGUCCAUAAAAAGCUCUACACAUCCUCAGCCACCGCCGCUUCGAAUCAGACCAUUGUCAAUACUGAUACUGCUGUUAGUAACACUGCAAGCUCUAAGCGCUCAGCAAGCACAGUGUCCGAUAUUCUCACAAAGCAGCUUCAGACAGAAGGGAAGGCCGAGCCGCAUGUAGAAAACAAAGACCUCCAAUCCGCGGGAAAUGCCGUGGACUUCUACCAACGAGAGCUUCUCUUGAUGAAAAACGAGCUAGAGUUCUCCAGCUACAUGAAAAAUCUCAACAAGAUGAACUACGUGAAAAUCAAGCUCAAAUUUAACAAAAUGAUCAGAGAUCAAAACUUAUCUGCGUGCAAAAAGCGGCAAGGAGAAGCCCACCAUAUUGGUGAUCUUGAAAAGAUCGUAGCUUCUAUGAAGAACCUUCAAGUCAACUCAGACAAUUUCAAGACAAAGAAAGCUGAAGAAAUCAAGGAUUUGCUCACCAAAGUGCAAGCUUUACAAAACGAGACAAUUGAGCUCCGUGCGGUGAACGAGAAGUCACUGUCUCUUUUGACGAGAGAGAAACUUGCUUUCCAGCGUCUUCAAGCUACGCUCGAGACCAAGGAAAACAUGAUUAGACAAUUGCAACAUGAAAUUGAAGUUGAAGUGAAUGCACUUCUGAAGCCGGCCGUUGAAAAAGAUACUAAAGACAAGCCCGCGUCUUCAAUAUUUUUGACCGAGCAAGAAAAGAUUACCGCUAACUUUGACAACCAACUUCACAUUGUCAAGGCACAAAACAAAAGUCUUUCUGCAGAGAUUGACAAAGUAGCCUCAGAUUUGGAGAUGCAAAAAAAGAAUGGCACGGUUGAAUUGAACAAAAAAUGUCGGGAAAUAGAAGAAGCCUUCCGUACACGAGAGGUCCAAUAUGAGCGCAAAAUUAAAGAGCUCAAUCUUAUCCAGUCAAAAUACAAGGUGGCUCUCGACGAAAAGAAUUUGAGAAUUGCCGAGCUAUCGAAAGCGAAACCAAUUCAAAUUCCUGGAGUGGGCUCUCGGACCCGCCCAAGUUCCGCACUGCCACUGGAUCCCAAACCAAUGACCACAAGACCUCAGAUAUUUACGGGAAAUACAAGCGGAGACUACUUUGGGCAUGCUUCAAGACAAAUCGUUGAAGGCUCUGACAGCCACAGCCCUCAUGUCAGGGAUAUCAGGGCAAGUGAAACACUUCGUGUACACUCUGCCUCUUCUAUUCCUAUUAUCAGGGGCAGAGGUGGAUACCAGAAGCGGUCUAAGAAGUUCAUGUGA